CGUGUCUAUCACCAUACUCUUCCAUCUACUACACCAUAGAGCUGCCAUAGAGCCACUGCCCAUCUCUUCCCAUCUUCCAAUUUCUACUAGUAGAAUCGAAUAUUUCACAUAUUUCAUUCGCAUUUUUCCAGCCUGAGCCAUCGCUUUUUCACCGUUACCAAUCACUGGUAUCCGCCAAUACACCAAUAACCCCACAAAUAUGGAAGUGAAUCUGCAGCCGGCUCCGCCCUUCCGGUCCGUCUCCACAACGUCAAACUUAUCCAUCAACUCAUCUUCCACGUCCAUCACCAGAGUAGCACUGGGCCCCCUUAUAGCCAUGAACCAAAAUUUCAACAAGCUCCUGCUGCCUCUGGAUCACUUGUACUUCCAGUGCCAGCUGCUCAAACAGAAGCUAGGCCGAAUCCACGGGAUGGAGCCCUUUUUAGCACUGGCCUACUCAGCGGCCGAACAAUGCGCUGAACAACAGGCUCUCGCACUUUCUCAGCAGAUGGCUGAGACUAGCAAUGGCAGAAACGAUUUCCGGUCGCUGGUAGGCUCCUCCGGUUUCUCCAUCCAUUCUGACCAUCUGAACUCAUCAAAUUCGUUCGCCGCUAAUAAGGACAAAACCUCAAACAACAUCUUCACCUUCACGGCUGGUAUCUUGCCUGCCAACAUCUCUGUAGAUCCAGCAACUCUUAUGUGGAAGCUCUUUCAGCAGGGUGCUCCUCUUUGCUUGGCUUUCAACGCUGUAGUACCCGGAUACCAAAUUCCAGUAGUCGGUAGUGAUGAUUUGAGAAUCUGCAAGAAGUCCGUGUACGACUUUUUGUUUGCCGUCAAGUCGCAGCUCAACUUCGACGACGACAUGAUCUUCACUAUAUCCAACGUCUUUCUGGAUAGCACUGAGGAUUUGCUCAAGAUCAUCAAAGUAGUGGACUCUGUAUUGAGUGUCAAGAAGGACAAUCCCCAUUUCAGCUUUGAAUUGGAGUCGUCACCAUCGGCUGUCGGGGAAGUAAUCAUCUCCAACGAGCGAUCCAAAGUGUUCAAGGAGAUCAUUGACACCGAACGGAAGUAUGUCACCGAUUUGGAGUUGCUUUCUCGCUAUAAGUCUGAGUUGGUCAAUGCCGAAUUGAUCCCCAAUGAGCAAAUACAUUCGUUGUUCCCUAACUUGAACGAAAUAAUAGACUUCCACAGAAGGCUAUUGAAUGGGUUGGAGUGUAAUAUCAAUGUGCCCUAUAAGUACCAGAGAAUUGGUUCCAUAUUCAUUCACGCUGCUGCAGGGCCCUUCAAGGCAUACGAGCCAUGGACUAUUGGCCAGAUGUCGGCAAUAGACUUGAUCUAUAAGGAAUCCUCCAACUUGAAGAAGUCGUCUACCUUGCUUGAUCCGGGCUUUGAAUUGCAAUCGUACAUUAUCAAACCAAUUCAAAGAUUAUGUAAAUACCCCUUGCUAUUAAAGGAGUUGAUCAAGGCUUCGCCAGAGUCGUUAGAUCCCUCCAUCCCACCUUCGGCAUCGUUUAACGAAAUGAUUGUUGCCAGAAAUGCUAUGAAGGAAAUGGCCAACCAGGUCAAUGAAGCUCAAAGAAGAGCUGAAAACGUAGAAUACUUGCAUCAACUAGUGAACAGGGUCAGCAACUGGCGUGGGUUCAAUUUGCGCGACCAGGGAGAGUUGCUACACCACGGAGUGGUAGGAGUGAAAGACUCAGAUACCGAGAAAGAAUACGUAGCGUACUUGUUUGAGAGAAUCAUUUUUUUCUUUGUUGAGACAGACAAGCCUGAUCAAAGCAAGGAUAAGAAGAAGAUCUUAUCGUCUCGUAAGAAAUCGUCUGCCUCGUCGUCUACAGCUAACUUGCUUGAGUCGAUAACCAAAGCAAAGUCGCUUAAGCUGUCACCGUUAGAGUUGAAGGGUAGAGUUUACAUCUCAGAGAUCUACAAUAUAUCUGCUCCUUCAAACUUGGGAUACUCUUUAGUGAUAUCGUGGUCAGGAAAGAAAGAAAGUGGAUCUUUUACUUUACGAUACAGAACCGACGAAAUCAGAAACCAAUGGGAAACAUGUUUGAGAAACUUGAAGACCACAGAGAUGAACUCGCAAAUCCAGCGCAAGUUGAGAGACUCGCUGGGUUCUCAGGAUUCUUCGAUCUACGAUGUUACAGCCUACUCAACGAAUAAUGCUUCACCUAACAAUACUCUCACAGGGUCGAAUGAGAACGGAUCCAGCAGAUCGUCCAACGGCUCUUCUUACCAACGCCACCACUCGUCUUCGUCCACUUUCAGUAUGAUGAGACAGUCUCGAUCCAGAUCGCUAGGUGGGCAAGACUCUUCUACCAGAUUAUCUACGUCGCUGGGAGUUCCUAACUACAACAGUAGUAAUAUCUCUACACCUAUCACUCCUUCUAUUGAAGAUUUUGGCAACGACAUCAGGAUCAGGUUGAUUUACAACACAACAGAAAUUCCCGAUUGGCUCAUUGUUAGCACCACCAUCCAGUUUAACGAGUUGUACCUGAAGAUAUCUGGCAAAAUCGUUACCAGUGAAGUUGUCACGGAUGAUAUCUUGGUCAACAAGUUGAAGUACAAGGAUGAGGAUGGCGACUUUGUUGUGAUGGACUCCAACGACGAUUGGGUGUUAGCCAUGGACAUGUUGAACGAGAUGAGUGAAAGCGACAGCAGCGACAGCAUUGGUAUGAGACGUGAUUUAACGAUAUGGGUUUCUUAG